AUGGAUGAAUCUGCACGCCUUCAGCUUCUCCGCCGGCGCUCGACGCGCACCGGCUGGGAAUCCGCACGCCGCAGUACUCAAUCACUGACCGUCCCCGGCGACAUCAACGAGGGCGGCGCGUACGACAUUGCCGACUACGCCAUCACCCCGAUCGAGGCCGGUCUCAGCAGCGACGCCUACCUCAGCAGGAAGCGGCACUCGGACGACGUGACGCAGCGAUCCUCGCUCAUCAAGCUGGGCAUCAUGGUCGUAUUUUCCGGCGCCGUGAUCUGGGUGCUCGUGGUCACCGUGACUGGUUUCCAGUCCAGCAGCCAGGCGAGGCUCGCGAAGCGCUUCGUCAAUUGCGAUGCGGCGGUGCUGGCGGCGUUUCUCCCGCAAAAUGCGGCCAUCGAGAACGUCACGGCGGUGCAGGAGGGAGGGACGUUUGGCGAGGGCAAGGCCAACCGCUGGGUCAGCGCGGACCCGACCGACCUGCCGGCCCUGUGCGCUGUGAUUGUCAAGGUCACCAGCUCGCCGAGCACCAGCUACCGCUUUGGCAUGUUUCUGCCCUCGUCUCCGCCAUCAUCAUCAUCAUCAUCGCCGUUUUCUUCUGCAGAGGACUCAGGCCCCUGGAACGGCCGCCUCCUGACCACGGGCAACGGCGGCUUCGGCGGCGGUAUCGGCUGGCUCUUCAUGGCGGAGGGGGCGAGGCGCCGGUUCGCCGUCAUCGCUACCGACACGGGCCACAACUCUAGCAGCACCGACGUGGCCUGGGCGCUGAACGAGCCCGAGAAGCGCACCGACUGGGGCUGGCGGGCGCUGCACGGCUCCGUCGAGAUUGGGCGGAAUCUGACUAGGGGUUUCUACGGCGAGGAGGUCAAGUACUCGUACUACUCCGGCUGCUCGACUGGUGGCAGGCAGGGGUUGAGGGAGCUGCAGAUGGACCCUGAGGCGUUUGAUGGGGUGUUGGUUGGCGCUCCGGCCUGGUACACGACGCACCUGAACACCUACGCUGCCAAGACGGGACAGUUCAUUAAUCAGCCGGGGACCCCUGGCUAUAUCCCAGUGGAGAUGUUUCCCGUCAUUGGGGAAGACGUGGUGAGGCAGUGCGACGCGGACGACGGGGUGGAAGACGGUAUAGUCAGCCUGCCAGAUCAGUGCGUACCUGAUCUCCAGGGCAUCAGAUGCGACAACCCGACGGCGAAUCAAUCCGCGUGUGUGAAUGAGGCACAACUAGAAAUGGUCAAUAACAUAUAUGAGGACUGGCGCUGUGAGGAAGACAGCCAAGACUGCCCGUCUGCGCAUCCAGGGGUGGAUCCAACCCUGCUCUACACCGCCCUUUCGCCCGGGUCCGAGGGCCAAUGGGCCGAGCUCUACAACCGCACGGAGCCUACAGCGUACGGGCUCGGCUACGUCCGGUAUUUCGUGUACGGCAAUGAGUCCUGGGACUGGACAAAAUUCGACGACGAGCAGCUCGUGCGCGACGCGAUGAGGCUCGACACGAGCGGCGCAGAGGCGGUGGAGUACGACAUCAGCCGGUUCCAAGACAGGGGAGGCAAGCUCAUCAUGUACCACGGCGACUCGGACGGAAUCGUUCCCGUGCGCGGCUCGAAUCUCUACUACGACCGGACGCUGGAGGUGAUGGGGGAGGAGCGCCUGGACGGCUUCUUCCGGUACUUUCGCAUCCCCGGCAUGCACCACUGCCUGGGCACGAGCAUGGAUGCGCCGUGGAACAUUGGCGCCUGGGCCCAGUCUACCGCGUUUGGGACCAACGGGUCCGCGUCGGUUCCGGGGUUCGAGGACGCGGAGCACGAUGUGCUGUUGGCGCUGGUGGAAUGGGUUGAGAAGGGGAGGAGGGUGGACAGGCUGGUGGCGACGACUUGGAACACGUGGAACAAUGUCAGCACCGGGGUCAUGAGGCAGAGGCCUCUGUGUCCCUGGCCGGCGAGGGCGGUUUGGGAUGGUGUUGGAGAUGUGGAUAUCGCGGAAAGUUGGGGUUGUCGGGUUGAGGAUUGA